AUGGGAUUUUUUGUCGCUGGUUUACACCGACAAAUUGAUCAGCUGCACAAAAAACAAUAUAGAGAUGUCUCGUCUGCCAAUAGCUUCACAGUGUAUCGUGGUCAAGGUCUGACAAGGAAAGAUUUCAACAAAGUCGUGGCGGCUAAGGAUGGAUUGAUGUCGUUCAAUAACUUCUUAUCUACCAGUUUAAAGCUUGAUGUAUCCUCAAUGUUCCUUCCAACUGGUGUACAGAACCAUGAUGUAGUAAGUGUUCGUUUUGUAAUGACAGUUGAUCCAAAACAAUCGACAACACCUUUUGCUUCAGUUGGCCGCAUCAGUCAGUUCCCAGUAGAAAAAGAAGUUCUGUUUUCCAUGCGCAGCAUCUUUCGCAUCACUGAUAUCAAGUCAGUGGAGGGAAAUGAACAGUUGUACGAAGUGAAUUUGUCGUUGACUAGUGACACGGAUCAAGAGUUGAGCGUGCUUAAUAAGCAAAUCCGAGAAGAAAGUUUUCCAAAUAUAGAAGGAUGCUUUCGAUUAAGUCUUCUACUAUCCAAGAUGGCACAAACAGAUAUUGCUGAGCGAAUCUGUAAAGCUCGAAUCACUGAAAGCACAUGUGAAGUUCUCACAGAAAAUAUCUAUAAUCAGCUGGGCGUGAUUAAAUCACAGCAAGGACAAUAUGAAGAGGCUAUGAUACUUUUUAAGAAAUCUCUUAUAUUUUGCCCUCGAUCACUUCCUUCAAGUUAUCCUUAUGUAGCUUCAUCCUGGAGCAACAUCGGUGCGCUGUAUCUGAGCAUGAAUGAUUAUACAAAUGCACUUUCAUUCUAUGAACAAGCUCUCAAAAUUCGGCAGCAGUUACGUCCUCCGAAUCACCCUGACGUAAUUACGUCCUACAGCAAUAUCGGUGGUGUACAUUGUGCCACGGGUAAUUAUUCGGAAGCACUUUCAUCAUGUGAACAAGCUCUUGCAAUCCAACAACAAUCGCUUCCUGCUAAUCAUCCUGACAUCGCCACAUCCUACGGCAUCAUCGGUAUAAUUUGUUUCAAAAUGGGUCAGUAUUCGAAUGCCCUUUCCUGCUGUUAA